AGUUGAGAGUCUUUCCUCAAAGUGUCACAUUGUGCUCUGUCCGGUCGAAAAUCGCGCUGUGUGGAGAGGACAAAAGUGCUGAUUUUGGUAAUUGGGAAAAUUUUCCAAGCAAUUCUAGAGGCGCUUUCGCUGGAGCCGCAGGAGAAUUUGUGUACAGAAAAAUUCAGCAGGUGCGGGACAAAAUUUCCGCGGCUGAGAUGAACGCUGAGGCACUAAAGUGGGGAAUCCGUGAGGAAUUUUUAAAUGUAAAUUAAGUGCAGAUAUACUCGCAAAAUUUAUUAGCACAUACAAGGUACAUAAUGUACAAACAUAUAUAAGUACUGCGGCAUUUCUUUUGAGACACUCCGGGUGUAUAUGCAAAUGAAUUAAAGACAAAAGUGAUUUUGCGGUCAAUUUGAAGUGGCGAACCCAGGAAAGACUUUCUUCGGCAUUUUCACUGCAGAGAGGGUGAGAGCGAAAACACUUUUGCUAGGCAACAUUUUUUAUUUAAAUUCACGACAACACCUGUGAAGUCGGUGACGGGUGAAAGAGGCGAGAAAAGCGCGGAGGGGAGCGAAUUUUUCGCCAAAGUGAAACGGAAAAGAGUGUGUUUGCUUUUGAGAAAUUGUGUGCAGCAAUUUUGCCUGUGCGGCGACACCAUCAGCGACCCCCUCGAUAAUUUACGAAACACGUUUUAAAUAAAGAGGAGGAUUUAUUCUUGGCGCAAGAACCCAAGUGGCUGAGGGACCGUGAAGGGCGAGACGGGAGAAAAUUUAUUUCUCUGAUAACCUGGUAUCUCGCAUAAUAUGUUUCUACAUGUGCAUUUGAGGUGUUGACAAACGGUUUCUCCAGGAUGGAGAUACGGGGCAUUGUUGUCACUACAAUGCGCCCCUUCACAGGCAUCCACAGCGGUGUUGACCAAAUGUUUGUAAUAUGUCUCUUGAGUCUACUUGGAGUGAUGUGCCAAUUGGCGGAGGGUCGUCACCACGACCUGAGCAGUACGCAGUCUUUUAAGUCGGGGCCAAAGCACAUUGCAUCCGUGGAAGCGGCGGCGGUGUCAGUUUUAGGCGAAUCAACGCUAGAAGUAUCGAGCGAGAGUGACGAUACCAUUUUUACUCCCUAUCUUGGCCACGGUGAUGCAGUGAGAGUGGUGGAUGCGGAACUGGGCACACUGGAGCGUGAAGGUGUCUCCGCUGGGAGUGACGGCACGACCCAGCCGCGGCGUCGCAACAUCAGCCGGCGCGAAUCGAAUCCGGAUGCCGAGGAGAACGAUCCGCUAAUUGUGACCACAGACAAGGGGAAGGUGAGAGGUGUUACAUUAACAUCUCCAGCAGGCAAGAAGGUGGACGCGUGGAUGGGGAUCCCGUACGCACAGCCACCUGUUGGGCCAUUGCGCUUCCGACACCCACGGCCGGCCGAACGGUGGUCCGGGAUCCUCAAUGCCACCACUCCGCCAAACACGUGUGUUCAGAUUGUCGAUACGCUCUUCGGCGACUUUCCGGGCGCCACUAUGUGGAAUCCUAACACGAAUCUCACAGAGGAUUGUCUCUACAUCAACGUUGCGGUGCCACAUCCACGCCCAAAGAACUCACCCGUCAUGCUGUGGAUCUUCGGUGGUGGAUUCUACUCAGGAACCUCUACGCUGGAUGUGUAUGAUCACAGAACCCUGGUGGCGGAGGAGAACAUCGUUCUGGUGUCCAUGCAAUACCGCGUGGCAAGUUUGGGUUUCCUCUAUCUGGGCACUCCGGAUGCACCUGGGAAUGCGGGUCUUUUCGAUCAGAACCUGGCGCUUCGGUGGGUUCGAGACAACAUUCACAGGUUCGGUGGUGAUCCAACGCGGGUCACACUGUUCGGCGAGAGUGCCGGCGCAGUGUCGGUUUCCAUGCAUCUACUGUCGGCCUUGUCUCACGACCUAUUCCAGCGAGCAAUCCUCCAGAGUGGCUCACCCACGGCACCAUGGGCCCUCAUCACCCGCGAGGAGGCCAUCAGUAGAGCCCUCCGUCUGGCCGAGGCAGUGGAGUGCCCCCAUGAGCGGGAAAACUUGCCAGAAGUGCUGGAUUGCCUUCGCGGGAAGGACGCCAAACAACUGGUGAAUAACGAGUGGAACAAUCUCGGAAUAUGCGAGUUUCCUUUCGUGCCGGUGGUCGAUGGAGCGUUCCUGGAUGAGACGCCACAGAGAUCUCUGGCAACUGGACGAUUCAAGAAGACAGACAUUCUGACGGGAAGCAAUACCGAGGAGGGAUACUACUUCAUCAUUUACUACUUGACGGAAUUGCUGAGGAAAGAAGAGGGCAUCACGGUGACACGUGAGGAGUUCCUUAAGGCUGUUCGAGAGCUCAAUCCUUAUGUGAAUGGUGCCGUGCGUCAAGCCAUCGUCUUCGAGUACACAGACUGGACUGAUCCAGAUAAUGCUCACAGCAAUCGAGAUGCACUGGAUAAAAUGGUCGGUGACUAUCAUUUCACAUGCAAUGUGAAUGAAUUUGCUCACAGAUAUGCCGAGGAGGGCAACAACGUCUAUAUGUAUCUCUACACCCAUCGCACUAAGGCAAAUCCCUGGCCACGCUGGACCGGCGUGAUGCAUGGGGAUGAAAUCAACUACGUCUUCGGGGAGCCACUCAAUCCCUCGCUCACCUACACGGACGAGGAGAAGGAGUUCAGCCGAAGGAUUAUGCGAUACUGGGUGAACUUUGCAAAGACUGGGAAUCCCAAUCCCGGAUAUGCGCCAAGCUUGCCCGAAUGGCCAAAACACAGUGCUCAUGGAAGACAAUACAUGGAACUAGGGCUCAAUACAACUUACCUUGGCCGCGGACCUCGGCUGAGACAGUGUGCUUUCUGGAAGAAAUACCUUCCACAGCUGAUUGCUGCCACGAAGGCCAGUUCGACAUCCGCCAAUCCCGCAAACUGCACCAGCGCUGGAAGCCACAUGAUCAGGAAUCCAAAUUUUUCCAUAGUCACCACACUCUUGGCCACGGUGGUUAUUUGGAGCGUCAACUAAUGACGCCCUUCCUGAUCAAGAGUACCACAAUUAUGUGUUUCGUCACAAUAAUUGCUAUUAAAAUUUAUAUACUCAAUUCACUCACGUGAAGUAACGCGGUUUACUCAUGAGUUAUUUUGAAACCAUAAAUAAGUCGAAAUCCAUGUUUGAUUCGCCAAGGAGAGACAUCCUUAAAAAUGAAGAAACUAUGGAAAAUUGUGAGAAAGUCAAUCCACCCAUGUUUAUUGCAUCCAUCCACCAUCCAAGAGAAUUAGGCAUAUAUUAUCUCUAAAGAGUACUCACUAUAACUUAAUUAUAAUAAUUAAGCAAUGAAUGCAAAUUGCAUUGAGUGGAAUUAGAUGAGCAUGCCCUCUAAAAGAAUCUGGUUCAGUUCAACCAGCAACUUCUAUACUUAUGCACUCACCAUGCAUAUUUAUAGGAUUCUAUGCAAUGAAUGAACUAUAAAUUAAUAAAUGUUCAAAUGUAUGAUGUCCCCAUGAGAUAGCUAUGCAGCAGAACAGGAAAUGUUGUUGAAAACAGCACAUAUGCUGUGGAUGAACCGCAUGAGAGGCUCUAUACGGCAUAAGGGAUGAAAAAAAAACACUAUCGGUCAUAAAUGUAGUGGCUUUAUACAUAAACAAUAUUUUAUUAUGUGAUGUAAGAAAUAAUCAAAUACUAACGAUUGCAAAAGUCUCGGCUUGACUGAAUUAUUAAUUUUAUUAUGUAAAACUAAAUAUACCUAGAAAGAAUUACCUAAAAGUAUAAUUAAUAAAGUGAAGAGAAAGAAAUUUUAAAUAUAAGAGAUAAUGGAAAAAAUGUUCAGAUAAAAACAUAUCAUUUAAGCUUACAAUUUAUUAGGGUGAAUAACAAAGUACUGUUAAAUGUGACCACUUGAGAAAAGCCUACAACAACCAUGUUCACGCAAUUGAUGACGGUAUAUAUGUAUAAUUGGCUUACAAACCUACCUCUUUGUUAUUUCUUAUUAUAUUUUUCGAAAUGGUGAAAUCAGAUAGACAAGCUAAUAAGAUGACAAGAAGAGGAAGAUUAUACUCGAUAGAACGUUGAUUAUAUCGCAAAUCUUGUUUCUAAUUUGGAAAAAUGGAUUAACUGCAAGUUGUAGUGCAACGAAUUUUUUUAAGCAUAAAAACCUAACACACUAAAUGUGCAUGUAUUUUAACACAAGACUCUAUUCAGUUGAUGUUAUUAUCUAUUUCGUUAAAUGAAUUGUAGGUAUAUAUUUACUGGUAAAUAGAACAGUUGUUGAUGUGUUGCAAAAUACGAAAUUAGGGAUGUCUGCAGAAGCGAUGCGGUAGAUUGAUAAAAAUACUAUGAAGAAAGCCAAAUAUACUUCCAAACUUAUUGAGUUCCUCCUGUUGCUAUACUUCUAAACUGUUUUUCAUCAUAAUAUAAAAAAAGGUCUCUUGCUUGAAACUCUUUCUACUAUGAGAAAUCGUUAAAAAAAAUUGAAUUUCCCAGUCUUUGCUGCCUUAUGUAUUGUGAACCAAAAAAGAAAAGAAAAACAAUAGGUUUGACAAGUUUAGAUUAUAAAAAUAGAUGACAUUUACGCUUUUAAGGCGAAUGAGGAAAUAAAAAGGUUUUUCAAUAAUGAAAUUUUUACACCUACAUAUUUAAUAUGGAGAAAAGUAAUUAGGAAAAAUUUGUCUAAAUAUCGUUCUAGUCAUAGAGAAGACAAAGAAUAAGGAAAUGCUUUUAAUUUUAAUAAUGGUAGGUGUAAGUGUAAGGAAACAAAAAAAAAUUGACAAAAAUACUAUGUCCUACUACAAAUUUUCAUAUUGAUAUCGUUUCUUACAACCUUACUUGGUAAGAUCAACGUAUUUCUACUCAUUUUUACGAGUGCCCAAACAAUCAUGUUACUUUCUAAUGGCAUUUUCCGUUUCUUCUCCUUUUCACCCACAAAACCAAAAUGCACCAUGACUAGGGAAAGCGGAAAAAAGUGGAAGGAGAUAAAAAAAUUAAUAAAAAAACUCAUUAUCGAUAACUAUAAGAAAUUAGUGAAUGAAUAAAGAGAAAAAUUGUUAUUGUGCAUAAAAGCGGAAUCACCUGCACGUACUGUUCCAAUCUGACACUAUAAAAUGCGUUAAAGAGAAUAACUAUAAAAUGAGGUAAUUUAAUAAACGACCAACUAAAUAAAUUUGUUUAAAAAAUGGAAAUACAUUUAAUAGAGACACGUAGAAAAUUUAGUAUAUGAAAAUAUAUGUAAAUAAUAUAUGAAGAAAAGGAAGCAAAUAAGAGGAGGAAUAACUAAAACUAGUUUCCUAUAUAGCAAAGGAUCUGUCAAAAGAUGCAAAACAUGCGACAAGAUUCAUUAUUUCUCGAAGUUUGUUCACAUCCGCUAAAAGAAACAAAAAAAAUAGUAUGUAAUAAUGUCUGACGUUUUUGUGCUUAAAAUAUUAAUUAAGCUUUGUAGUAGUGGCUAAUUCUAAAGGUGAAAAUAUGAUGAAGGUGACAAAGAGAUUGUGAAAUCGUCGAUGAAACGACGUGGAGAAAUACAAAUAAUUGCAAUCACAUAAAAUCGUCAAGUACUGUGAUGUGAACAUAGCUUCGAUUUCUAAUUUCAUUCAAAGAAAAAGGAAAGAAACACUGAUAAGAAGUGAAUACCGGAAAAUUGGAAAAUCUGGAGUCAAAAGCCAUCACACUCUGAGAGACGUUUUCAACAAAUACAGCCCUAAACAAAACCAGAUGUUUCAGUGAGAGAUGAAGUUAAGGGGAAAUUGUAGAGAACGAGGCUAAUGCAUUAACCUAAUUCACAAAACCUACAAUACUGAAAUUUUACUAUACUAGAUUACAAAAGAGAGAAGAAAAGAUAGUAUAAAGAUGAAGCAGACGUUUAGUACGAAUCUCAAUUGACAAGAAAACUUAAUAAUAGAGUUUAUGUAAUAUUAUUUAAAUGAUGAGAAAUGCUACUAAUUAGUCUAAUCAAGAUGAACAGAAAUACUUUCUCAAUUGCUCCUCAUAUAUAAACUUUUUACUAUUGUUUUAUAACUGAUCUAUAACACAAAACUGACUCGGAACUCAUGAAAAUUUCAUAGUGGAAAAAUAACAAAAAAAAGACAAGAAUCGAAAUGGAUAUUUACUAAAAGCGUUUAAUAAACCCUAUAUGAUGAUAAAAAGAAAUGAAAAAAUUUAUACAGCAACUGAUGAAAAAUAAAUAAAAGAGAAGAAAAAGCUAAUAAAUCACGCUACAUAUCUCCAUUGGUGCAAAACUAUAAUAUUUAAUAUUUACUAAUUAUAUACACACAUUAUAUAGAACAUAUGAAAAUUAAUAAGGAUAAUAAUAUUAAUCGAUUGUAUAUUAAUGACGAAAAGAAAUAUUGUAACAAAAAAUUAUUCAGAAUAACUCAAGAAAAGACAGAGAAAAUACAUUUUCUGUCAGCACAUCACAAAUAUAAAGGAAUAUUCAACUGAACAUGAUAAAAAAAACAGAUCCAUGGAAGAUCAUUUCAGACAUGGCUCUGUAAACUGAUAAACACAUGUCUUGAAAUAUUAUUUAAUACCAAAUCUCAUGAAUUUUUGAGAAACUUUAUGUAACACAGAAAGACAAGAGAGAAAAUCAGUAAUAUAUAUUUCUACUCAUUUGAUAUCUCAAUCGUUAAUAGUUCCAUUUUCUCUGGUAUUUUUCCCUUCCAUCAACUUUUCACGUGUGUCAUAAAUUAUGUCAUAGCCAUGAUGAAUUUCUUGCUAUCACGGCAAAUAAUUUACAAGACACCCAAUUCAUAUACAGCGAAUUAGUGUUACUAUGCUCCUAUGUAUCAAUAAGAUACUUUUCUUUUCUUCCCAAACAAAGAUACUGCAUUUGAGAACUAUAAUGAAACAUUACUAUAAAGAAUUACUGAGGCAUCAUUUGAAGGAAAGAGAAGGACAUGGAUUCACAGAGAAAGAGAAAUAUUUUAAAUUUGUAGAUAAUUAAGGCAUACUUAAGAAUUGUAGUAUUGCGCGCUCAUAUCAUCCAUUAUCACUGACAAAGUAUGUGCUUUUGGUGAAUGAAGUUUAUUGCAUUGCCUAUUUGUCACUGUUGUCAAGCCUAUAGCUUUUUGAAUGAAGUUGAUUUUGGGCAUUGAUUUUUAUAUAGAUUCGUGAUAUGGACGGAGAACUAUUGAAGAACCUGUUAUAAAAAUGCUUUCAAUUAAUACAUAUAUUAGGAAGACACAUUCUUUAAUUAUUAUUUAUGUGAACCAAAUUUUUGGGUAUAAUUAUGUAGCCAAAUAAUUUAGGUACACAUGCAGGUAUUUUACAUGAAAUACAAACAUUAUUUCCUUCCUUUCAAUGAAUUCCACAAGUACUUAAAACUGAUUGAGUAUUUCAAAAAUAUAUAUGCAUUAUGUAUAAGCUUUAUGAGUAAUGUUUGUCGAAUUUCUUUCAAAAGAUACCUAUUGUUGGAACAUGGAACAGCAUUAUAAAGUUUUAUGUACUCUGAGUAGUUGUACAUAUAGUGUCAAUCUAAUAAGCAUUUAUUUCAUUUAGCCAAACGUACAAUUGUUUCUUUCAAAGGAAAAUAUAUAUAAAAUAAGAAAUGAUUAGCUCAAUAUAUUAAUUGUGAUAACCAUAAUUUAAAAAAAAAAUGCACUAAACGGAUUUAAUGAAGAUGAACUUUGAGGCUAUCCGGAAAGAAAAGGAUGCGAGACAACUGAAAAACGAGGUGGACACACACAACUGAUAAAUAAAUCUUAUCUAAUAUAGUAAAAAAGGAGAAAAGUAAUAUAGUUAAAAAAAA